AUGCCGACGUUGACAAGCUCGCAACGGUACCGCAAGCGAGGUCGUUCAGCCUCCUUAGAUUCUAAUGUGUCUUCUAAUAGUAACUCUGAUUUCGCCACUACGGGAGGUAAUUCAUUAGUUAGCCCUGAGUCUAGCGUGCAUGAGGUAAAUAGCAGAGACCCUUAUGUGGAUAAAGCCAUAAGUAAUAAAUCUCCUUCAAAGCAAAAAUCGGCUAUUGUUUCCUCAACGGCAGCCACUGCGAAACACCAAGCGCAAAAGGUGCCGCGUAGUGAAGUCGACAUAGCUACAUAUCCAGUAACCAAUGGUAACCGUAUGUCUCCUGAGAUAGUUCUUCAGGAAGACGAAAGAGAUUCAAUUCAACACAUUGUGAGCUCUAUUAUUGGCCACUGGAAGAGUGGGUCCAAGUUGUUAAAUGAGACAAUCAUUCGAACUAUACUGCGCCAUGUUCGCCCACUGCUCAUGUCAGAACCGAUGUUGGUGCGUGUCGAUGCCCCUGUGAAUGUGUGCGGUGACCUUCAUGGUCAAAUCACUGACCUAAUGGAAAUAUUCAAGGCCGGUGGAGUUCCUCCAAAUGCACGUUACUUAUUUCUUGGUGAUUAUGUGGAUCGAGGAAAGUAUGGCACAGAGGUCAUCACGACGUUGCUUGGACUAAAGGUACUUUUCCCAUCGCAAGUCUAUAUUCUGCGUGGAAAUCACGAGACGGACGGUAUUUGCCGUGUUUAUGGGUUCUUCAACGAGGUCAAGCGGCGUUUUAGCGUCAAACUUUUUAAAGAAUUCACUGACGUAUUUAACUGUUUACCGAUCUCCGCACUGGUCGAGGGCAUCGCGCUCUGCAUGCACGGCGGAAUUAGUCCAGAUUUACAGAGCUUACGCCAGAUCGAACGAAUUCCCCGUCCUCUGGUUGUGGCUGACGAAGGAUUGGCCUGCGACAUACUCUGGUCGGACCCCCUCGAGGAAAGCUGCGGCUGGCUCCCAAGUGACCGUGGUGUGAGCUACACCUUCGGUGAAGGUGAGGUACGGAAAAUGUGCGCGACAUUAGGCAUCGAUAUCAUUCUACGUGCACAUCAAGUAGUGGAUAACGGCUACGCCUUCUUUGCAGGAAGACAGCUUGUGACGAUUUUUAGCGCUUCUAACUACUGUGGCGAAUUCACUAACUCAGGUGCGAUGAUGAUGAUGGACGAAAACUGUAAGUGUAGCUUUCAGAUUUUUAAACCCCAAUACGAUUGA